AUGGAUUCAAAGAGAUGCAAAGGAAGAGGUCGAGGACACCAGAGAGGAGGAGGAGGAGGAGGAGGUAGAGGUAGAGGAGGUGGUGAAGGAGGAGGGAGUGGAGGAGGAUGUAGUGAAGGAGGAGGGAGAGGAGUAGGAGAAGGAGGUCAAGGACACCAGAGAGGAGGAGGAGGAGGAGGAAGAAGAGGUAGAGGAGGUGGUGACCGAGGAGGUAGAGGAGGAGGAGAAGGAGGUCAAGGACACCAGAGAGGGGGAGGAGGAGGAGGAAGAAGAGGUAGAGGAGGUGGUGACGGAGGAGGGAGAGGAGGAGAAGAACGAGGUCAAGGACACCAGAGAGGAGGAGGCGGAGGAAGAAGAGGUAGAGGAGGUGGUGACGGAGGAGGUAGAGGAGGAGGAGAAGGAGGUCAAGGACACCAGAGAGGAGGACGAGGAGGACGAGGAGGACAAGGAGGACGAUGGCAACAAGGAAGGGGAAGAGCAAGGGCAAGGAGACAAGCGGUCUCGGAUGAAAUUCGAGCCACUUUAGUUGACCAUGUCCUUGUCCAUGGUAUGACUAUGAGGGAGGCUGGGCAACGAGUACAGCCAAAUUUGAGUCGCUUUACUGUUGCCUCCAUCAUCAGAACCUUCAGGGAGGAAAACAGGACACAGAGACGACCACCUGGUGGAGGCAGGUUAAGGCUUUUGUCGGAGGAGCAAGAGAGGGAGCUUGUAAACAUGGUAAUUGCCAAUAAUGUAAUCCGCCUGCGAGAGAUUCAAAGGAGAGUGAUUGAGGAUGAUCAUCAUUUUCGAGGGAUAAAUGCCAUCAGCCUCUCCACAAUUGAUCGCAUCCUCCGAAAGAACCAAUUCAGGAUGAAACAGGCAUACCGCGUCCCUUUUGAACGAAACUCUGACAGAGUGAAAAACCAACGAGUGGAAUAUGUUCAGAGAAUCUUUGACAUUGAAGGACGGCCUGUUCCCCAUGAAAUUAUCUUUGUGGAUGAGGCAGGUUUUAACCUGACCAAAAGGAGGAGAAGGGGGAGGAACAUAAUUGGCCAUCGGGCUAUUGUGAAUGUCCCUGGUCAGCGUGGAGGGAAUGUCACUAUGUGCGCAGCCAUCAGCCAACGAGGGGUACUCCACCGCCAUGCCAUUCUAGGACCCUAUAACACUAUGCUUCUCCUUGCUUUUCUUGAUGGUCUAAGACAACAUAUGUUCCAGCUGGACUACAGGGAACCAGCACAGCCAGAGCAGCCUCACUACGUUGUUGUUUGGGAUAACGUCAGCUUCCAUCGUGCUGCUCUGGUUCGUGACUGGUUUACCAAUAACCCAAGGUUUUCUAACAUCUUUCUGCCGGCAUACUCUCCCUUUCUAAACCCGAUAGAGGAGUUUUUUUCGGCAUGGCGGUGGAAAGUGUAUGACAGAGAACCUUAUGUUCGUGUUCACCUCCUCCAGGCCAUGGAAGAAGCCUGCCUAGACAUAUCGGUAGAUGCAUGCCAGGGGUGGAUCAGGCAUGCAAGAGGAUUUUACCCCCGCUGCCUGGCUAGGGCCAAUAUAGCCUGUGAUGUGGAUGAGAUUCUCUGGUUAUAA